AUGGAUUCUAGAACUGUCGGUAUAUUAGGUGGUGGACAAUUGGGUCGUAUGAUUGUUGAAGCAGCUAACAGGCUCAACGUCAAAACGGUCAUAUUGGAUGCUGAAAAUUCUCCAGCCAAACAGAUAACCAAUUCCACCGAGCAUGUUAACGGUUCUUUUUCGAAUCCUCUUGAUAUCGAAAAGAUAGCCGAAAAAUGUGACGUGUUGACUAUUGAGAUUGAGCAUGUAGAUGUUCCUACAUUGAAGAAUCUGCAAGUCAAAUACCCAAAAUUGAAGAUUUAUCCUUCUCCAGAGACUAUUGAGUUGAUUCAAGACAAGUACGUCCAAAAGGAACAUUUAAUUAAGAAUAGUAUUGCCGUCACCAAAAGCAUUCCUGUGGAACAACCUAGUGAAGCGUCACUGUUAAAAGUUGGUAGUGAAUUGGGCUUCCCAUUUGUUCUCAAGUCUAGAACUUUGGCAUACGAUGGGAGAGGUAACUUUGUUGUGAAAAAUAAGGAAAUGAUCCCGGAAGCUUUGGAAGUAUUGAAAAAUCGUCCCUUGUAUGCUGAAAAAUGGGCUCCAUUUACUAAAGAACUAGCCGUCAUGAUUGUAAGAUCAGUCAACGGCUUGGUAUUUUCCUAUCCUAUUGUAGAAACUAUCCAUAAGGACAACAUAUGUGACUUAUGCUAUGCACCAGCUAGAGUUCCAGACUCUAUUCAACUUAAGGCAAAAUUAUUAGCCGAAAACGCAAUUAAGUCCUUUCCAGGUUGCGGUAUAUUUGGUGUGGAGAUGUUCUAUUUGGAAACUGGGGAAUUGCUAAUCAACGAAAUCGCACCAAGGCCCCACAAUUCUGGUCAUUAUACCAUCGACGCUUGUGUAACUUCUCAAUUCGAAGCUCAUAUAAGAUCUGUCUUAGAUCUGCCAAUGCCAAAAAAUUUUACAUCUUUUUCAACUAUUUCAACUAACGCCAUUAUGUUGAAUGUUCUCGGAGAUAAACAAACGAAGGAUAAAGAACUGGAAACUUGCAAAAGAGCAUUGGCUACUCCAGGCUCCUCAGUAUAUCUGUAUGGUAAAGAGUCAAAGCCUAACAGAAAAGUAGGUCACAUAAACAUUAUAGCUUCAAGUAUGGAUGAAUGUGAAGAAAGGCUGAAUUAUAUUACCGGUAGAACUAACAUCCCAAUCAAAAUAUCUGUUGCUCAGAAGUUAGACUUAGAAGCAAUGGCUAAACCAUUGGUUGGUAUCAUAAUGGGGUCUGAUUCAGACUUACCAGUAAUGUCUGCUGCCUGUGCGGUUUUGAAAGACUUUGACGUUCCAUUUGAAGUCACUAUAGUCUCUGCCCAUAGAACUCCACACAGAAUGGCAGAAUAUGCCAUCUCUGCUAGUAAGCGUGGUAUCAAGACAAUAAUCGCCGGUGCCGGUGGUGCAGCUCAUUUGCCAGGUAUGGUGGCAGCAAUGACACCACUACCUGUCAUCGGUGUACCCGUAAAGGGUUCCUGUCUAGACGGUGUGGAUUCGUUACAUUCAAUCGUACAAAUGCCUAGAGGUGUUCCAGUAGCCACCGUUGCUAUCAACAACAGUACAAAUGCCGCAUUGUUGGCCAUCAGACUGCUUGGUGCUUAUGAUUCAAGUUACACAACGAAAAUGGAACAAUUUCUAUUAAAGCAAGAGGAGGAAGUCCUUCUUAAAGCGAAGAAAUUAGAAACCAUAGGUUACGAAGCUUAUUUAGGAAACAAAUAA